AUGGCGUCUGAAACCCUAGAAGACAAGAAACAAGAAGAAAUAGCUAACGUUGAAGACAAAGGUGAAGUGAAAGAAGAAGGGAAAACAGAGGAGGGUGAAGAAGAGAAGGAAGUGGAAAAGAAAGAAGAGGAUACGGAAAUGGCGGAGAAGGAAGAACCUGAGGUGACAGGUGAAGAGAGUAAGGAGGAAGCAGAGGAGGUAAGCAAGAAGGCGAAGAGAGGCCGAAAGGCUAGUUCGAAGAAAGCUGCAAAAGAUGAGAAGGCGGCGAAGAGUGAGCCUGGCUCAAAAGAGCCUGUUACGCCAAUUGAGAGGCCGAUCAGGGAGAGGAAGACUGUUGAGCGGUAUUCGGAGCCUUCGACUGGGAGAAGUGCAAGCAAAGCAUUGUCCAUUGAGAAGGGUCAAGGCACACAGCUUAAGGAUAUACCAAAUGGUAUGUAUUUAUCAUUUAUCUAG